UGAUACUGCCCCUUACGACGGUGGAAAGUGACGUCGUGCUUACUCAUUUUUCAGUGUCGGUUACAAAAAUGUACAUGUACAGUAGCUACUGAACGUGUGAUUUGCAUCGAAGACAGAAUCUACCUUGAAGGUGCCGUAGUUGGAUUUCCCGGACUUUACCCUAGUAAUAUUAAAGGUUUGCCUUGCUUUCAAUGAUGCCAAAUAUAAAACUUUCAAGCUCAGACGGGGAGAUCUUCGAGUUAGAUGUGGAGAUUGCGAAGCAGUCAGUCACUAUCAAGACUAUGUUAGAAGAUCUUGGAGUGGAUGAAGAUGAUGAUGAGGCCAUCCCUCUCCCUAAUGUCAACUCAGCUAUCUUGAGGAAAGUCAUCAAGUGGUGCACCUACCACAAAGAUGAUCCCCCACCACCAGAGGACGAUGAGAACAGGGAGAAGAGAACAGAUGAUCUGUGUGGUUAUGACCUGGAUUUCCUGAAGGUGGACCAGGGCACACUGUUUGAACUAAUCCUGGCAGCAAAUUACCUAGAUAUCAAAGGACUUUUGGAUUCCACCUGCAAGACUGUAGCCAACAUGAUCAAGGGCAAAACCCCUGAAGAGAUCAGGAAGACAUUCAACAUCAAGAAUGACUUCAGUCCAGCUGAGGAAGAGCAGGUUAGGAAGGAGAACAGCUGGUGUGAAGAGAAAUAGAUGCCCUUUCUACAGAUCAGCACAUAGGUCACCCUUACCAUUUCUUACCUAAAUACAUGUACUUCCCAAAUUCGCAACAUGCAGGUACAUCUUAAAUUGAGGCUCACUUGUAACAGUGCAUCUUGGAUUAUUGCCUCAGACAUAUAUCUCAGCUAUGCCUUUGAGACAGAUGGUUUCUUUUGUACUGCUGCCAGAUCUUUACUGUAUAUACAUGUACAUGUCAUGGAAGACGAGAACUAACACACAAAUCCGGGAUUGGUACAUUCUGUGAAAACUGUGCAAUGAACAAUUGAAGUUUCACAAACUAACAUAAAAGUAAGGGGGUAUGUGCACACACUUGGCGCACUGACCGGUGAUUUCUAUAGAUCUGGGUUUUUACAAACGUUUGACAUGAAUUACUCAUUCAUAUACUUGUGGAUUAUAGCGGCAUUGAAGUAAAAUAGUUCUUACUUAGGAAAUAAAUUAACAGGUUUCUUUUCAUGAAAACAAAUAUGUGCUAAGACUUGUCUUAGUUUGUGAGAAUGCAAAUUACGGCAACUGUCAAUUCUCAGCGCAAGACAUAUAAAGAAAUGAAAAUUACAGGGACAGUAAAUUCUCUGCCCAAAACGACCCUUUGUUUGUGGUGACAGUGACGAUGUGUGCACAUUGUACCUGGAAGGGCCCACUUCCCCUGAAUGAUUAUUAAUCGUACCUAAAAUGUAGUUAGUGUAUGCUUAACUUUGUUAAUACAUGUUCGGCAGUCGUCAAGAGUUGACAGUUGUUGAAUGGUUGAUUGUAUGAUGAGGAUAAAACUGAACCUUUAGCCAUAAACAGCUGUUGGGAAAUUAUACAGUAGCUGACACCUUAAAGGGAAAUAACUCACAAUUACAUGUUAAAAUGAAGAAACCAGGACUUGGAUUUAGUAGUUUGCUAGUGUACAUAUGCUCAUGUCUUGGAUGGGUAAAACUUCUCAUGAAAUUGACAUUGCUCCUUUUCAAAAAUUAUCUUUUGAAUCAUCCUGUUUUGCAUCAUUUUCAUGAAUAUAAAUACUGUACUCUGGGAAAGGGGGGCUGGCUGCCAUGCAAGCUUUGAAAAAAAUUACAAGCAUGACGUUUGUACCUAGCAUCAAAAUCAUUUAUUUCACCAUGUCAGUUCGCAUGCUGCAGGAGGUGAAAUGUCGGGAAAAAAGAUUUCUAUAUGCACUCUUGUGAAAAUGAUGGAAAAAAAACGUAUUUCUCCUUACCCCUCCUGAAAGAAAGACAGACCAAAAUUCGACCAGGCUGAAAAUUUCGAGCCAGCAGUAGGAAAAUCAAGUUUUAUUGCCAGCAACUGCAAUAUUUCUGCAGACAGAAUGUUUACUCGGGGUCACUGAAAAGUAACAGUGGGGUAGUGGAAUUUUUAACCAUCAAAAUUACCUACAUGUACUUCAGCUUUGGUUUGGGGUACUUCAUCACAAGUAAAACCCCAUUUGAUGAUGGAUUUGUCUUUAUGGCCUUUGAGAAUUGUUCCUCUUAGUUGAACAAUAUUUUAAUUGCUGAAAGUGUUGUUUGGGCUUGUUGUUUGAUAGAUGAAUUACUUUAUGAAUACAUGUAUGUACCGGUAGCUUGUUGGCUUGUUGUACAUGUUAGAAGAAAGAGUGUUGAAAUCCAGUGCCAAGAAGUGUGGUUUUAAAGAUUUCUCAAUGAUGACUGCAGAAAAAAACAAUGUGAAGGGAAUUUUUCGUUUGUAAAAUAUUGUUGGCUGUUGUGCACCGUUUUAUGGGAGCAUGAUGAGUGUACCUGCAGUCCCAAUUAUGAAAUAUAGGCAGAUAUAAAAAGUGAGAAAUGUGCAUGUUUGUUAUGACACAGAGUUUGUAACAUGCAGAUGGAACGAAGACUGGGUGUAGACACAUACAGUUAUCAUUGUAUACCAGGAAGGCCUGUGCAAUGGGCUAAUCCUACAUCAUGUCGGACGUUUUGGUUCUCAACAAAAUACAUGUACCUGACAGUACCUGUCUGUUGGUUUUUCUGUACAAUAGCUGUACAACAACUGCCCACUGCUGGGGUUUUCAUAAGUGUGAAGUGACUACUUGCUAAGAUGUACCAUGCUGCUUAAAAUGUUCCCUGGGCAACAUUGAAUAAAAGACACGUACAUGUACCUCCCACUGCGCCAGAGAAUUUUAAAUUACGAAUGGAAAAGUCACGACUUUUCCAAAACACUUCAGAUAUCAUUCAGACUUAGGUUCUAUUAAGUCAAAGAUUUGAAGUAAAGUUAAUUCAUUUUUCCCUUUUAUUUCAAAACUGCUUUUCCUUAACAGUUACACCAUAGACGAAUAUCUCUUUGUACUGUUAACAAUGCUAAAGUUGUCAGGUGUUCCCUGCUUUGCUGAUGUGUUCAUGUAACUUUCAAUUAUAGACCUCUUCAGUAUAAAUAGACAUCUAGCGGCCACAAAUUGUGAAAUUUGUUUCCUAUGUAGUUAUUUAUUCAUAUCUGUUCAUCCAACAGCACAUUAAAUGCCAUUUCAAAGAUGAUUAAUAGUGACAAUAAAGCCAAUAAAGAAAUGUUCAGUUUUUAGGGGUUGGAGAGAAUCUGGAUGAAUAUUUCAUGAAAACAUCCAUGGAAAUGGGUUGGACUGAAAACACAACAGUCAAGGUGCCCACCCUAAGUGAGAUUCAAUCCUUGGUUUACAGAGAGGGAAGGUGAGGAAAGAGCCACCUGCUAUACUGACUCGCCAAGGAAACUAAAUAUUCAGUAAAUGCCCUUUAGAAAAGCUUUAUAAUAUCUUGGGACAUGUAUACGUGUUUAAAAGAAAUGUACACGUAUUUAGAAAUUUGGAUUAUGACCCAUUGGUGCAAUUUACAUGAUAAAAAUCCAUUUACAGCCUUUACGGGUAUUGCCACAUGUAUUUACCAUGAGUAUAACCAAUGUGUUUUUCAAACUGCAUGUAAAAACCCAAUUUGUAAAAUACUCUAAUGUUCUGUUUGUGGAGAUGGUAAAACAGCCGGUACAUGGAGAUGUUCAGUUGUUGAUAUAGGGACAGAGUUUCUGUUGGUGGGAAGAUCGCUUGACAGCAGUAGUCUAGAUUUUGCAUCGUUCAGUGGAUUUAUUUAUUUACAUUUAACACCAGUGUCACAAUAAUCCUUAGUACAUGAAUUGUUUACUGUGGUUUCCCAGUUUGGCCGCAAAGUUGAUUUUAAUAAAAGUUGUUUGAAGAAAUUGUCUUAAAGAGCACCUCUAAGGAAAACAUGUUUUCUCUGACUUUAUCUGUUCAAAUAAAUAUGGAAGCAAACAUAUCGAAUGCAGUGUCAUUUGUCUUCAGAGCUACAAUGGCUGCAUGCAUUAUUUGGCAUUCGCAGGGUUUAUCCACAAUUAACACAGUGCAGGGUUCACCUCGUUUUCUCAGAAUGACGUAAUCUACAUUCAGAAUUUGCAUCUAGGCAUGAACAGAAAAAUUCCUUUUUAAGCUUGUUUAGCUCUGAAGACAACCCUGCGUUUGAUAUGUACAUAUAUGCUUCCAUAUUUAUUUGAACAGAUAAAAUCAGAGCAAACGUGUUUUCCUUAGAGGUGCUCUUUCAAACCUGCUUUGAAAGGUGGAAUUCAUGCUGCAGAUCUGGACAGCUAGGUACAGAAAGAAAACAAAAGGAACAUUCAUUGUACAGGGGCCUUAUCAAUGGCAUGAGUUACUGUGUGUGUUGCAGAUGGUUAGCAGGUUGCAGUUUGUCAGUGUUUUGGGAAUUGUUUCCAAUGGUUUCUGUAUUGUUUGCAUUGGCCAGUCUGGUAGACUUGUCUAGAUAGCUGUUGUACAUAAUCAUUUCUUUUCUGUUCAUGCAUUGCGGGAAUACAUGAAAUAUACUUCAAGCAUUCACAGACAACAGGUGGAAAGAUUUUCCUGUGUCCCCUCCCUCCAAACUUGAAACCCUUUCUUGUUUCAAAUAAAAAUGUUAUCAUGAGCUCAUUGUUGGUCCAUUGCCCGAUGAACCAAUAAUGCAUGAUGUAUGCUCCACAUUUCACCCUCUUUCUCUCUUCUGCCACUAUGUGUGAAUAAAUUAGUGACACAAGCUGCUUUGAGAAUACCUUCA